CACGCUCGGCGCAACCUCUCUCCUCGUCCCCUAGCAUCCGCGCUCCGAACAUUACCCCGUCGUCACCCCCACUCCCCAACACGCUGCAGUGCGGGCUGCGCCACCUGCUCUGCUCCACUCUGCUGCAGACAUGCCAUGCAUAUGGCUGACAAUGGCGAAAAUACAACCCAUGACGAGCAGGCGUCUCAUCCCGUCGGCUUCUUCUCUGCGGGCAGGUGCGAUUUGGUGAUCAGAUUUCAGUUCUCCGGUUCCCCGCCGUCGCCGGCUUGAAAUCACCGGGGAACGGCGCACGACGCGCCAGCCAAAGCAUCCAUCGUAGUGUCCCCUUGCUCCUGCCCCAUGUCGCGUGUCUUCUUGCCCCUGCUCCUGCCUCUGCUCCUCAUCUUACCACCCGCCACCUCCGUCACGCCGCCGUCGCCGACGGCCGUCCUCCUCUCCUUCCUCGCCUCCCUGCCCCAGGCCUCCCAGCGGAUCCUCCUGCCGUCGUGGCAGACCAACACCAGCUCGGCGGACAACCAGCACUGCGUGUUCCGCGGCGUCACGUGCACCGCCGCGGGCGCGGUCGCCGCGCUGAACCUCUCCGGGCUGGGCCUGUCGGGCGCGCUGGCCGCGUCCGCGCCGCGCCUCUGCGCG